GUAUUAUGCAGGUCACAUUUCAAGUUAAGUUGUUCUAGAAAAUAUUAGUUGUUCAGUUAGUUGACUACUUGAACUUUCACCUGAGGGUCCGAUUUUUGUUUACAGUAACGACAAUUGAACAAGCAACUGUAGCUCUGUCCAUUCUCCGGGAAAGGAUCGAUCAAUUCGACCUUGUAAUGGUGGAUGUCAACAUGCCAGAAAUGGACUGCUUUGAGUUCAUCAACAGCACUCAACUCAUCAAAGACAUACCUAUUAUUUUAAUGUCAUCAAAUGUGAAGAGGGGAAUGGUGGAAGAAGCAGUGGCACAAGGGGUAUGUUUCUUUUUUAUGAAGCCAAUUUCAACAAAGAAACUCAAGAAUAUAUGGCAACAUGUGUAUAGGCACCAAAAGAAAGUAAGUCAAAAUUCAGAAAACAAUAAGGCUAAUAAUCAAGUUGAAGUAAUGGACAGUACAACUUGUGCUAAUAAGAAAUUGCAAGACACAAAGGGAAAAAGCAUAGUGAAUUCUGCAGAAGAAGAGGAUCAUUCGUUGGUUUCGGAAAAACCUAUGGACGGACAACAGAAGAAAAGGCGACGCCUACAAUGGACACCAGAUCUUGAAAAGAAAUUCAAGAAGGCCGUUCGCAGGUUAGGACAAAAAGCCCGUCCUAAACUUAUAAUGGAGAUGAUGGAUGUUCCAAAUUUGACUCAGAAACAGAUUGCGAACCAUCUGCAGAAAUACAGAGUCCAAAAACAACAAGCUCCACAUGUUCAACCAGCUACUUAUUCCAUACUUAACCAAUCUAAAAUCAUGUCGCAAACGCCACACCCUCUGGUUCCAUUAAGUCAUUCUCAAUAUGGAAUUAAUUCUGUGUCCCAGAGUUUGUCUUUCCCUUUGAACACAUCAACAUUGUUGCAUUCUGGAACCAAUAUGUUUAAUCACUUUCCAGACAACGGACAUCGUUUCAAUGUACUGAAUUCAAAUGAGUUCGCGGCAAACUUCAACGAUCCAUUUCAAGAAACAUACUUACCUCAACCACCUGCACUUCCUUCUUUAGUUUCACCAAAUCCAAACGAUUAUGUCUUGACGGAGUUGGAUGGUUGGAACGAUUAUUUAGCUUCACCUGAAAAUCUCAAUGGCGAAAUGAUAGAAAAUCAGAUUGACAGUUACUACAGUUGGCUAGAGAAAGAUCCUAUCAGUAGCAGUUCAACUCAAGAUAAUGUCCCUACAAGGAGUCAGAAUCCUUGAUAUGGACAAAUUGCAUUUCUGGAGUAACGGGAGAAGAUGUUCGAUAGUUUUCAUUGAUCAAUUGCGAUUGGAUUAUUUAGAACUCAGACAAUCUUUAUCUUCUGUUUUCUGAACUUAAAACAACUGUACGAGUAUGUUCCAUUAUGUUUUUUUAA